ACGUUGGUAUCAUAAUAUGGUAGCACCGUCAGAUACCGACUCCAAAGAAGAGAUCGAAGAUCCUGUCGAGCGAAUGCUCAAGAAAACCGGUUGCAUAAAUCUCCAUUAUCAAGUUCAGGAAUGUAUGGCAGAACAUCAAGACUGGAGAAAAUGCCAAGAUAAGGUGAAGAAGUUUAAGGAAUGUAUGAAUAAAAGUACAAAGCACCAACAGUUAAAGCAGUAACAGACGUUUUUAUAUUAACAUGUGGUUAAUAGGAAGAUACUUCAGAUCUUUAUUACGUCCUGCUUGGAACGGAGAGAAUUGCAAAAUGGUGAUAGUAGUCAGAACGGAUAUAUCUAUGGGAAAAGGUAAAGUAGGUGCUCAAUGCGCCCACGCUGCCCUAGAAUGCUGUCGUCAAACCUUGAACAGUGAGAAGAGUGAACAGAUGUUUCAAUCUUGGUUAAAAAUCGGACAACCCAAGGUUGUUCUCAGAAUACAAAACGAAGAAGAGCUGUUAACACUUGUGGAUAAGGCAAAAGAUGCCGGUUUAAUCACUGCAGUAAUAAAAGACGCUGGUAGAACCCAAUUAAAACCAGGCACGAUCACGGCUGUUGGCAUAGGACCAGGAUCUAAUGAAGUAAUCGACAGUCUCACGUCAAAGUUAAGAUUACUGUAAAUUUGUUUUAUAUUAAUAAAAAAUGCUUGUUGAAAUA